AUUAAAUAAGUUCCUCAUUUGAGCCAAAUCGACAAAAUGGCGUCAGACCCAGCUUUUGAUAACGCUGGCCAAAUUGAAGGAUUAGAAAUAUGGCGAAUUGAGAAAUUAAAGGUGGUUGCUCAAGAUAAAAGUUCUUAUGGUACCUUUUAUUCUGGGGAUUCUUAUAUAUGUCUAUACACGAAGAAGUUACCGAAUAGUAAUAAAUUACAGUGGAAUUUACAUUUCUGGUUAGGAAAAGACACGUCACAGGAUGAACAGGGGGUUGCUGCCUAUAAAACCGUGGAGUUGGAUGAUUAUCUGGGAGGAGGACCAGUUCAGUAUCGAGAGGUUCAGGAUCACGAGAGUAAAUUAUUUUUAUCUUACUUCAAAAAGGGAAUCAAAUAUUUAGAUGGAGGAGUUGAAUCUGGUUUUACCAAGGUAGAACGAGGUGUUUAUGAAAAAAGGUUAAUGCAAGUUAAAGGAAAACGUAAUGUCCGGGUUAGACAGGUGAAAUGUGAUGUUAGCUCAUUAAAUCAAGGUGAUGUGUUUAUAUUGGAUUCUGGUUUAACCAUUUUUAUCUGGGUUGGACCUAAAAGUACUAAAAGGGAAAAACUAAAGGCAGCUGAAGUGGCAAAGAUAAUCAAAGAUGAAGAACGCGGCGGUAAAGCCCAGGUGCUAUUUGUAGAAGAAAAAUGGGACCGUGAUACUAAAUUUUUCAAAGCUCUGGGAUCGGAAGGGCAGAUAAGCGAUGAGGAUACUGGUGGAGACGAUCAUGAAUUUGAACGAACGGAACAGAAUACCGUUAAACUUUACAGGGUAUCUGAUGCAUCAGGAAGUCUGGAAAUGGAAGAAGUUGGAAGCAAACCUUUAAACAGAGAAGAUCUGGAUUCUAACGACUGUUUCAUUCUGGAUUCAGGACCAAGUGGUAUCUACAUCUGGGUCGGUAAGGAAUGUACCAAAAACGAAAAGAAAUCAGCUUGGCAAAAUGCAACUGAAUUUUUAAAGAAAAAAAGUUAUCCACAAUGGACACAAAUAAGUCAAUUGGUAGAAGGUGCCGAAACGCCAUUAUUUAAACAAUAUUUUUCGUCGUGGAACAAUGCUAAUAUCCAGGUUGAUUUUGGGAUAGCUCCAAGACAAGGAUCAGUAGCUGAAUAUAGUGAUGAGAAAUUUGAUGUAACUAAUUUACAUUCCAUGCAGUCGCAAAAAUCUGACGCUUUAUUACCUGACGACGGUUCAGGUGAAACCAAGAUAUAUAGAGUAGAAGAUCGUGAUCUAGUUUUAUUACCAGGAGAGAUGCAUGGUGUAUUUUAUACUGGUGAUUGUUAUAUUCUGUUAUACACCUAUAAACAAGGCAAUAGAGAUAGUUAUAUUAUAUACUACUGGCAGGUUGGUACAAUAGAUAUAUUAUAUACUACUGGCAGGUUGGUAUAA